AUGGGAUACAACACACGUCGCAAGUCGCUCUCUCUGCCGUCUCUGGGUAUUCACAUCCCCUGUUCCGGUCGCCGCGCCUCCAGCACGAAGCAGCCGGCCAUGGUGCCAGCAGCAGCAGCCAUGGGAGCACCCGCGACACCAGCGACGGCCUCGCCCGCGUCCCCCCAGAUAAAGAAGCUGAAGCGAUCGCACGAGUCGACAGACGGGGCAGAGGCGGUUCUGGCCUCGUCGGACGCUCCCUUGCUGUCCAAGGAGGCCGCGCGAGGAGCUGUCGCUGCUGCCUACCACCAGCACACGCCGCCCCCGUCCCCUUCCACCGCAGCCCCGGACCAGCAGACAGCAAAGAUAGACACCGAGGGGAUCGCGGACGAUAUCGUGGUAGCCGUCAUCCAGCAGCUCGAGAAGACCGGUAACAGGCCUCAUCUCAUCAAGGAGCUUGCUGCCGUCCUGUCGACUACCACGGACUCCAUCGCAAAUUCUGCGAACGCGGCUGCUCUGAUCUCAUCUCGACUGUCGCUCUAUCUAAAACGGCCGUGGACUGCCCUUGCGCCCUGUCCAAUCGCCAAAGAGCUGAUUCCCGUCCAUCCGCGCAAGGUCUUCUUCUACCUCACCAACAGUCCCCGUCAGCCGCUGCCGCAAAACUCCCAUGAUAUCAUCUCGCCCUCGAUAGAAAAGGAGGUGACCCCCAGCCCGUCCAGCGUGGACGUCUCCACCGGGGAGCCGGAUCUGGAGCUGGAUAUCGAGCUCGACUCCCAGACGCGAGACCGGUCCCACCUCAGCCCCAGCCCCGAGGUCGAUCUGGACAUGUCCAUGGAGUUCGACCAAGACGGUCUUGGCCUGGACCAAGACCACUCCGCUGACCCGACCGCCUCAUUCUCUUCCAUGCGCCAGCACUCCCACGUCCACGGCCAUCGGAUAUCCCACAACCACCGUGCCGCCUCGCCACCGCUGGAAGGUGAUGAGCGCGAGUUUACUCUGACGGCGAGCAUGGUGCGGGAGCGGACGACCGGGGACGACGGUUCGGCCCAUCAGCUGCGUGGCCUCCUCCUGGACACCCCCAGCGGCCAGCAGGACGUCUCCCUCGACAUGGACUCCCCUUACCUGGACGACCACCACGCGGGCGCGGCGGAGGAGUACCCAGACUACUUCAGCAGACCCAUCGACAUACCCUGCAGCAACAGUGCCUCCGAGCCAGACAUGGUAUACAGCACCUCCCCCUCUCCAUCCGUUGCAUCGGAGAUCUCUACCCUCUCCUCCCUCACCACCGCCACGUCGGAGUGCUGUGACUCGGACGAAGACGUCAAGUCUCACCCUGCCCGCGUACGCGCCCAGAAGAGGACGUACGACAUGACCUUCCCCGGCGUGGAGAUAGCCCAGCCUCGGAAACCCCUGUCCCUCGACUGCGCCUUCAGCUUCACCUUCGACACCGCUCUCGAGUCCUGGGUCGACUUCCGCAGCCCAGAGACCGUAGAGGUCGACGAACUAGAUGCCAUCUUCGCCGACAUCUAA